AUGUCGAGUUUGUAUAAGAAAAUCUCAUCAGUUCCUUCAACACCACGAAAUAAUCAAAUAUCAUCAUCAAAACAUUCCGUUACAUCAAUUAUUCGUCGUGCAUCAAAUCUUUUAACACAACGUGCAAGUUCAAUAGGUGUACCAACAACAACAGCAUCAUUAAUAAAAAAUAAAUGUCCACCAUUAGAUGGUGAAAUUAUAUUUUCGAAAAAUAAUAUUUGUGUUCAUCCUCCAUCACGUUUACAUUCAUAUACACUUCAUCAUCCUGGUUAUUUAUGUAUUAAAUGUCAAAAUAAUCCACAAAGUGGUUCAACAUUAAUAUUAACAUGGAUACCAAAUUCUACAUUAAAAAGUCGUUCAAAUACAUCAGAACAAUCAUCUAUGUCAGAUGAAAUAUCGUCACCAUCAAUAAAUACAAAUGACGAUCAACCACCAACAUCAACACCACGUCGUUCAUUAUCACAAACAAUUGAUAGCGGUUAUCAUACAACAAAUUCAAAUCUAUUAUUGUCACCAAUUGAACAAGAAAAUUCAAAUGAUCGUCGUAAUUCAUCUGAUGAUCAAUAUGAAGAUGCUUUAGAUGAUAAAUCUUAUAUGAGACAAGAUUCAAUAACAUCAGAUUUAACUGAAGGACCUGAUGAAAUUCUUGAUGAACCAGAUGAUGAAGCAUUCGAAAAUAUCGAAACAAAUGAUCAGUCAUUAAAUCGUGUUAUUGAUGAUAGUUUACCAUUUAUGAAAGAAACAGAUUCAUGGAAAAAUGCUACAAAUAUUGGUAAGGAAAAUUCAUCAAUUAUUGAAGAAGAUGAUACUAUACGAAAUGUCGCUGACCGAUAUUGUGGUGUAUUUUCUGUUGAUCUUGGUAAAAUGCGUUCAUUACGUUUAUUUUAUUGUGAUGAUGUAGCAACAAUGGCAAGUGGUAGUGGACAAUUAGUUAUAGCAUCAUGUGAAUCUCAAUAUAAAGUUUUACAUUUUCAUAAUGGUGGUCUUGAUCGUUUAAUUGAAAUUUUAAAUGAAUGGAAUUUAUUUGCUUAUGAAAAAACUCGUCGAGGUUUUGCUAAUUGUUAUCAGUUCAAUGUUGUUCGUCCAACAAUUGAUUCAAGUGAUUUACAUCCAGAAGAAGGUUGUUAUCAUUUAAUAACAAUAGAUAAUUGGAGAACAUAUAUGAAUUCAAAUGGACAAAUUGAAGAUAAUCAUCAAUUAAGAAAAACAAUAUUUUUUGCUGGUAUUGAUCCAUCUAUAACACAUGAAGUAUGGCCAUUUUUACUUCAUCUUUAUCCAUUUGAUUCAACAUUUGAACAACGUGAACAAAUUCGACACAAUAAAUAUUUACAUUAUCAAAAAAUUCGUGCCCGACGAGAAGCAGCUAUAAAUGAUCCUGAACAAGUUCAAUUUUUUCGUGAUGUUGAAGCUAUUAUUGAAAAAGAUGUUGUACGUACAGAUCGUUCACAUCCAUAUUUUAAAGGUGAUGAUAAUCCAAAUUUAAGAAUAAUGACAGAAAUUUUAAUGAAUUAUGCUGCAUAUUGCCCAACAAUGGGUUAUAAUCAAGGUAUGUCGGAUCUUUUAGCACCAAUAUUAACUAUCAUACAAAAUGAAUCGGAUGCAUUUUGGUGUUUUGUUGGACUUAUGAAUCGAACAAUAUUUAUAUCAACACCAACUGAUGAUGUUAUGGAAAAACAAUUAAGAUAUCUUCGAGAACUUCUCUUAUUAAUGUUACCGAGCUUUCAUCAACAUUGUGCAAAAUUAUCUGAUGGUCUCGAUUUACUUUUUGCUCAUCGAUGGAUACUAUUAUGUUUCAAACGUGAAUUUCCUGAACGAGGUUUGUAUAUGUGGAAAAUCAGUGAAAAUAUGACAUGA